AUGGAAACCUUUUGCCUCAGGGCAUCCUUUUGGCUGGCCCUGGUUGGAUAUGUAAUCAGCGAUGAUCCUGAGGGAUACAGCACAAAUCUCAGCAAUCACGUGGACGAUUUCACCACUUUUCCUGGCACAGAGCUCAGUUUCCUGGUUACCACUCACCGACCCACUAAUUUGGUCCUGCCCAGCAAUGGUUCAACGCACAGCUAUUGCCCACAGCAGACUAAAAUUACUUCAGCUUUCAAAUACAUUAACACGGUGAUAUCUUGUACUAUUUUCAUCGUGGGAAUGGUGGGGAAUGCAACCCUGCUCAGGAUCAUUUACCAGAACAAGUGUAUGAGGAAUGGCCCCAACGCACUGAUAGCCAGCCUUGCCCUUGGAGACCUUAUCUAUGUGGUCAUUGAUCUCCCUAUCAAUGUAUUUAAGCUCCUGGCUGGGCACUGGCCUUUUGAUCACAAUGACUUUGGCGUAUUUCUUUGCAAGCUGUUCCCCUUUUUGCAGAAGUCCUCAGUGGGGAUCACCGUCCUCAAUCUCUGUGCUCUUAGCGUCGACAGGUACAGAGCAGUUGCCUCCUGGAGUCGUGUUCAGGGAAUUGGGAUUCCCUUGAUUACUGCCAUUGAAAUUGUCUCCAUCUGGGUCCUUUCCUUUAUCCUGGCCAUCCCUGAAGCUAUUGGCUUCGUCAUGGUGCCCUUUGAAUACAGGGGUGAACAGCACAAGACCUGUAUGCUCAAUGCCACAUCAAAAUUCAUGGAGUUCUACCAAGAUGUAAAGGACUGGUGGCUCUUUGGGUUCUAUUUCUGCAUGCCCUUGGUGUGCACUGCGAUCUUCUAUACCCUCAUGACUUGUGAGAUGUUAAACAGAAGGAAUGGCAGCUUGAGAAUCGCCCUCAGUGAACAUCUUAAACAGCGUCGAGAAGUGGCAAAAACUGUUUUCUGCUUGGUCGUAAUUUUUGCUCUUUGCUGGUUCCCUCUUCAUUUAAGCCGUAUUUUGAAGAAAACCGUGUAUGAUGAGAUGGACAAGAACCGAUGCGAAUUACUUAGUUUCUUGCUGCUCAUGGAUUACAUCGGUAUUAACUUGGCAACCAUGAAUUCAUGUAUCAACCCGAUAGCUCUAUAUUUUGUGAGCAAGAAAUUUAAAAAUUGUUUCCAGUCCUGCCUCUGUUGCUGCUGUUACCAGUCCAAAAGUCUGAUGACCUCGGUUCCCAUGAAUGGAACAAGCAUCCAGUGGAAGAACCACGACCAAAACAACCACAAUACCGACAGGAGCAGCCAUAAGGACAGUAUUAACUAACCAUUUUAAGAAAUGUUAAUCAAUAUUCCUUCCAAUCCUAUCAAAGAAAAAAAAAAUCACACAGCAACUGUCUCUCCAGAAAUCUCUUCUAUGAUCCUUCUUAACUCAGUCCCACCCUGGAAAAAAAAAUUGUUUUCUGAAACAGCAGAGGGUGGACUGGUAUAUACCCACAAAGUCUAUGAAUCUGAUUUCUGCAAUUUAUCUAAAUUACAUAGUCUGCAGGUUAUAUUCAGCACUAAAAAUGGUGGGAGUUGGGGGAGAACAGAGACUGUUAAAUGAAACCAGAAGGAAAUGUAUUACUUUUGCAUGAAAAUAGAGUUUUCAAGGACAUGACUAGCUUUCAUGGCAGUUCUAUCAAAUGCUCAAUGAGAACUGGUCACCAUGGAAGUUUAGAGAUUAUGACAAGAUUUUCUAUUUUUUUAAGUGAUUUUUUGGGGGGAUCAAACACAGUAUGGGUUUAAGUCAUCUUUAUUUGGAACAUUAU